AUGGCAGCCAAUGUUGGAAAUCUUGAAUGGAAGGAUUUUUUUGGAUCAUCUGUCAGCCUGAUUCCUACCUUAAUUCCUAUGUAUGAUAAGAAGAUGGAUGGUAAGAAAACAAAUAACAAUUUAUUCAUCAAGUCAAAGAAUUCCAUCUCUAGUCCAGAAAAUACUGUCACAGCAAACGUGCCUGACAUAUCAUCAUCUGAUGAUCCAUAUUCAUCAUGUAUUCCUGAAAAACAAAGGGAUGACAUCUGCCUAACUUCAAAAGAUAAUAGUAGUAAUUUAGGACCAAAUAGAAGAUGUAAAAGUGUUGAAGUGAGCAGUAGAAUUAAGUUACAACAACAACAACCUCUUGAUGACAUCAAUCAAAGUAAUGAUGUCAUGUCCCCAGUAUCAUCAUCAUCAUCAUCUUCUGGUAACACUUGGAAGUUUGUCUGUAAAGAAAUCAUUGACACAGAGAGGAGUUAUGUUAAGGAUCUCAGUGAAAUCAUUCAGGGCUACAUGUUCAGAAUGAAGGGCAGGCCAGACCUUAUAUCGGCCUCUCAAUUUUCAACACUUUUUGGGAAUAUUGAGGAAAUUUUUUCGCUGCAUAAUAACAUGUUGAAUGAUCUGACUGCGAGUGGAAUGAACGUAAGUGAACUUGCCAAAUGCUUCAUCAAGCAUUCAUCUCAGUUUAAGAUCUACUGCAGCUACUGCACCAAUUUCAGCAGCUCACAGUCUGUGUGGAUGUCAUUAUUGGAGGAUGAUGCAACGAAAGAAUUUAUAUUCAGUAUUCAAAAUUCACUGAGACACAGUUUGUCAAUGGAUUCAUAUCUACUGAAACCUGUACAACACGUGUUGAGAUAUCACUUAAUGCUCGAGCGCCUGUUAUUAAAUCUUACAAACAUCAACAACAACAAUGGCAUGUCUCUCAACAACUGUGCUAGAAAGGAUGGUUGCAAAGCUGAUGAUGUUUCUAUUACUAAACUUCCCAUGUAUGAAAACAAACCUGCCAUGAGACUAAUAACAGCUGAACUGACAACAACUGCAGAUGAUAACAACAACGUCAAUUCCGACUUGUUGUUAGUGACGUCAGCCUUUAAAAUUAUGUUGGACGUCGCCAAUUUUAUUAACGAGAUGAAGCGACUACAUGACGACAACAAACGACUACAAGACCUUUAUGAUGCCAUCAUGAACAACAAUGAUAAAGUAGAUGCCAAUGUAUGUGGGCAGAUGCUCCUAGAGGACAAGUUCCGACAGAAUCCAAGAAACAUAUGCCACGUGAUCUUAUUCGAAAGAGUACUGAUGGUUGUGAAGUAUAAAGAUGACAUCAACAACAUCAACAAAACGAGCAACAACAUAAGCAACAAUAAUAUUAAUAUCACUAACAAUAACAACUGCAAUAAUGGUAGUAGUAGCAGUGUUAGUAACAGUGCAGCAGUGCCUAUUGUUGAAGUGUUAAUACCGUGGUCUGACUUAAUGAUAGUAGAGACAGUACAGAAAUGCCCUCUCAGUUUCUGCAUUCACACCCACCCAACCCCAUCUCUCGAGAUCCACAUCAGAGCGAAGAACAGGGACCAGAGAAGCAACUGGUGCAAUCAAAUUAGGAAUUGCAUUGUUAAUAACAGCAGCGCCUACAUACCUGAUAAGGCCAGGAAUAUCAUAUUGAAUAAUUUCAAGGCUAACAAUAGUAGCAACAAUAAUAAUAUUAAUAACAGCAAUAGCAACAAAAACAAGAAUAACAACAGCUUUGCUAAUGGUAACAUAGACUGCAGUAAUUAUGUGAAGGUUUCAAGAGACAGAACAUCAUCUCAGAAUGUUUGUAAUGAUAUUAGGAACAACAACAUCCUUUUCAACGACAACAACAGAAACCGAUUAAACAACUCGGACAACAUCAACUACAGUGGUAGCAAUGUUAACAUCAGCAACAACAACAACAUCAACAACAAAAACAACAUCAGAUACAACAACGACUACAGUGUUACCAGCAAUUACAGAAGCAGAACGUUGAACAAAUACGGCAACAUCAACGGCAACAACAUUUCAAACCUCCUUCAACGAGUACUUUUGCCAACACCUCUGAUACAAGAGCUUGGGCAGAUUGAGUUGAGAAGGAAGAAGAAGAUAGGCAGUCGUAUUGCUUCAUCAUCUAAGUUGCAAGAUCUUACCAGUGCUUUGAGGAAUAAGAAAUCUUUACAGAAAUGCAAAUCAAAUGAAGACUACAUGGUGAAAAGAUUGAGUAACAGCACAAUGAUGUCAACCAAUGAGAAUUCAGAUUUCAAUGACCUACAAUCUAUCCACCAAUCGUUUUGCAAAAGUCCAAAUUUGAACCAAUCACAAUCGAGCAGUAUUUACAAGAACCAGUCAAAAGCUGUGACUCAUUCAACUCCUCAUUUAUUUGAUGUUGAAGAUGAAAAUGUUGAUGAUAGGUUGCCAGCUUACUUAUCACCUACCCACAACAACAAUAACAACAACAACAUUCAAAUUAAUUUGCACUCGAAAAAUUUUGCUAGCAACAUGAACGUUGACAAUGUUGAUGAUGAUGGAGACGACGAUGAAGUUUAUAAUGAUGAAUAUAAUUAUCGUGACAAGUAUUAUCAUAUGAGUAGAAAAUGUAGGUCCACCCAGGAUAACAUUGAUGAUGUCGCAUCGUCGUCAUCAUCACAAGCCACGACCUCAUCAUCCUCUUCCUCUUCAUCAUCUCAUGCUCCAACGACAUCAUCGUCAUCAUCACAUCAUGGUACGUCACUAUCACCAUCAUUGCAGGCCCCAGCAGCAGCACAUACAGCAACGACAGCUUCAGCAGCGGCACCCCGACGAACAAACAGCCUGCACAGUUCGGCUGUCAGCGGCACACGAACUUCAUCAUCACUGCUGACCAACACUUCAUCCACAUCGUCUCUGCUGACCAACACAUCAUCAACGUCCACUUCGUCAUCAAUCAGACUCGGCCUCAUCAACUGGAAACAAAAACUUCAAAACAGAUCCAAAAGCAACGACUUCAGUUUGAGAAGCAACAUUUGCCAUGACAACAAAACACGGCUUUCCAGCCAAGAACAGCUGCCUAACAACCAAGAGCAGCUGCCUAGCAACCUACAGCAAGCAGUUACAAGACUGAAUGAAUUAUCUCCAACAUUUCAGCAGUCGAGAUUUUCAAAGGGGGGCCCAUCUUCGAGGUUGCUGUCGAAAUAUUGGAGCAACAGGAAGUUGAAGAGAUCCAAAGAUAAUUUAUCCAUCGGUGAUAAUUUCAACGCAUCCACAGAUCAACUAUCCUCACUCUCUACUUUGAAUAAUUAUAAUAAUAAUAAUAAUAACCAUAUUUAUUACAGCAGAAACAGUAAUAAUAAUAAUAAUUGGGGAAAGAUCGCGGGUAAAAAGAAGACUAAUAGCAAGAGUAAUUCAUGCAUCUCUGUACCCCAGCAUGCUAACAUAUUAUACAUAGAUGAUAGUGAUGAUGACGAUGGAGACGACGACUACAAUACUUAUGAUGAUAAUAAUUAAUGAUGAUAAUAAUUAUGAUGUAGAUGUGGCUAGUGUUGCUUAUGAUGUUGAUUUGUAAUUGCAUUCAGGGAUUUUAUAAAAAUUAUUUAUUUAUAUUAAUUAUAUUUCAAAACAAAAAUUCCAUCUAUGAUAAUGAUAAUGAUAUUUGUAAUGAAGUAGCGUCAUCUUUGGUUAUAGUUGCAACUCUAUGAUAGGAUUUUCUACACAUGCACACACCUACAUAUAUAUAUACACACAUAAAUACAAACAUAGACACAUACAUACAUACAAACAAACAAACAUACGUACAUACAUAUUGUUUUGGUUCAUGUUAAGGUCAAAUUAUUACCUUACACAAGUUAAACUGUUUGCCGUUGUUUUGGAUUGCAGUGUUGCCAUAUGCCUCUCUAUAUUAUUUGUUCAUUUGUUGAAGUUUCAUGGAAUCUCUUUUCAAUUUAUUUUCGUUUUUGAAUUUUCUCUUAACAUUUGUAUUCCUACAAAGUUAAAAUUUUCUGGUAAAGGUUUUAUAUGGCUAAUAAAAUAUUACUGUUUUAUAAUUU